AUGUAUACAUGGGAUGCGGUCGGGGCCCCUGGGGCGAUUUCUCAGAGACUAGCCAAGGAAGGAGUAGUUGCCGACCGACCGGGGCUGCGGGUGAAGUCAGUACCUUUACCGGACCUCUGUGGCGUACUACGGGUAAACGUAAGGCCACGGAACCUCGGUUCCCUGGCGAAGGUCCCAGGAAACCACAUGUCCAAAGUGGGAGAACCGCUCCUCGCAGCUGACUGGAGCCAAUCUGGGAGUCAAACCUCGGAUCCCGGGCGCAUGUGUGGAGGAUUACCCGGUCAGUAUUUCCUCAUACCCGACGUCCGAAUGGAUAUCUCAAUUUUUGAUCACCCAAAUAAAACCAAGCAAGGAGGAGGAGGAGAGGACAGGGAGAUACGGGGACGCCCCAUCGUUAGGGGAAUUAGCUGGCCCCCAGUCACGGCAAAUACGGGAACGGACCCAGUGGCUGAUACACAUGCGGCCAAGGCCCCUGGGAAGGAGGGGAAGGGGGAGACCACGACAACGGCACCUGCAGAUAAGCAACCCCCGCAGACGCUGUGCCAACAGGGGAGCAAGAGGAAGGGGAGCGAGCUCACCCCACCAGGAGUCGCGAGUUCCACGGACGACGAGGAGCCGACCCUGUCGCGCAGGCCGGUAAGUACGCGGGGAGGCAUACCGGGAGCCGUAGAAAGCGGGGCCGGAGAGGCGAGAGAUGCGCCUUCGGCCAACGAGAGUGAAGGACAGCAACAACAACAGCAAAAGAAAAGUACUGGUACGCGCCCUAAGGACAAAAAGCGGCGCGUUGUCCUCAACAACAAGGGAGCCUACGCCGCAGGGGGCUCGGACACAGACGACUCGGCAUCCGAGGAAGUUACACACAGUCAACGUCCGGGGAUGGCAAAACCCCCCCCUACCGCCACGAAGGCCAGGGGAAAGACCACCGGUACGGGGACGAGUUCCCCAGAAGACACGCCGGCGGGCAUAGGUCCCGCCGAAUACAGACAUAUGACCGCGGCAGAUCUGGGAGCCCAGAUCAGAGACUGGAUUGAGGAAAUCGAUGGCAUCAGGGUAAGAUGCAAAUCUAUGAACGGUAGGAUGAGCGGGGAAAUAAAAAGAAGAGUGGGCUGGGCGAAAAACGCCUUGCUCACCCUUACCGGCAAAGCGGAAAUGGCAGCCGGUCCCGCAGAGCUCCUGGAGGAGAAGAGGAGGUUGGAAAUCCAGGUCCAGGAUGGAAUGAGGGAGAGAGAGAAACUACAGAGAAAGCUUGAGGAGUAUCGGGUGGCCCUAGGGAGAGCCCAGACCGGGGCAAAAACCCCCGUCGUAGAUACCUACGCGACGGUCACCAGGGGGACACCCCCAACAACGCUGUCGCUCGAUAUUCAGGCGGCAGCGGUGGGCACGGCAGUGGAAACCAGCGAGGGCCAGCCCACAGCGACGUCGACCGGCGCGUCAGAUCUCGGACUCCGAUUCACGGACUCCGAGCUUUACCUGGUCCCGGAUGAGGACAGGGCCAGGAGUGAAGAGCUGGCCAGGCAAGCAGCGGCCCUCAGGCAAGUUCGAGAAGAGGUGAACCGGAUCUCCCGCAUGCUGAGCAGCACGAGAGACGGGGGAAGCCCAAACCUAAGCCUCACCGCGACUGCCCUGGGCGCCGCAAGAGGAAGAGGUGCAGGCCCCGAACCGCCCAGCAAAGCGUCUGCGGUGCCUAACACUGCCCGAGAAAUCACCAAGCCCAUGGUGGAAGCCCCAGGCGCGGCAGACUCCCCAAUGGAGACAGACGACGUCGCUUGGGUCGAGGUGCGACGGAAAGGCGCGACGGCGAACGUAAAGAGGAAGAAGAAGGAGGAGCGACUAACCGCAGGGACCCCCUCCGGAGGGGCAAACCAUAGUGGGUCGGCAGCGGAGGCCAGACUAAGGGUCCCACCGUCGACACAGGCGCAGACAGGGGCGAGCAAACCGCCCGGAGUCGCGCGAAAGGCCCCGAGAACCGCGGCGGUUGCAAUUAAGUGCAGAGGGGAGAGCUCCCGAUAUGCAGAAAUCCUGCAAUUCGCCCGUAGCAAAAUACAACUAGAGGAGUUGGAUAUAGGAGGGACCAGGGUCCGGCGAGCAGCCAACGGUGGGGUACUCAUUGAGAUACCCGGACCCGAAAAUGCAAAGAAGGCGGACGCCUUGGCGGAGCGGCUCUCCAACAUAAUCGGAGAGAGAUAUGGCGAUGCGGUCCAGGUGACGCGACCGUCAACUAAGGGGGAGUUGAGAGUGCAAGGGCUGGACGAUUCGGUUACAACUGAGGAGCUGGCCCGCACCCUAGCGGAGCAGGGAGGAUGCGGCCCACAGGAGAUACGUGUAGGCCCCCCUCGCAGAAUGGCUGGCGGGCUCUUCAGCGCCUGGGUGCAAUGCCCCCUAAGAGCAGCCACAACCGUAGCGGCAAAGGGGAAAUUUAAAAUAGGCUGGACCAUAGCCAGAGUCGAGCUACUGGAGGCGCGGCCCCGGCAAUGUUAUAGGUGCUGGGGCUUUGGCCACAUAGGCACCUCGUGCAACGCACCGGCAGCGCGCGGGCGCGCGUGCUUCAGAUGCGGCAGCGAGGGGCACCAGGCGAGGAGCUGCACAUCCGCCCCGAAAUGUGUAGUGUGCGAUACCAAGGGGAGGAACAGCGCCCACAGGAUGGGGUCGGGACGCUGCGCGUCGGGCAACCUGAAUCAUAGCCGGGGGGCUCAGGACCUACUGAGCCAGUUCGCGCUGGAAGAGGGGGUGGAUGUGUGUCUCAUAUCCGAGCCACACUCCAUCCCGGGUGCAGACAGUUGGCUGAGCAGUGAGGAUGGCCUUGCGGCCAUAUUUUGGAGGACGGAGGGUGAUGCACCACGGUGCUCCCUACUGGAGAGGGGAAGGGGGUACGUAGCGGCUAAAUGCGGAAAUCUAGCAAUUGUGUCUGUCUACAUAUCCCCCAACGUCUCCAUGCAAGCCUUUGAGGCAUUCAUGGACGACCUGGAUCGGGUGGUCCGGUCAGCAGGCGGUGGCGGUAGGGGAGUAUUGGUGGGCGGCGAUUUUAACGCCCGCUCGCCGACAUGGGACCCAACGGGGAGCAACCGCAGGGGGGAGCUUCUGGAGAGAUGGGCGGCGUCGUGCGGAAUAAGCCUGCAUAAUGAUGGGUGCACGGCAACAUGUGUCAGGGCACAGGGCUAUUCGGUUGUCGACCUGACGUGGUCGACGCCGAAUUUGACGCCGAUGGUACAGCAAUGGCGGGUCCUUACGGAGACGGAGACGCUAUCGGACCAUCUCUACAUAGUUUACGAGGUACGGGUCCCCCGGCGCGUAAGAUCUGUGGCCGGGGGGGGACACGCACGAUGGAACUGGCGUAAAUUCAAAACAGAGUGCUUCCGGGAAUCCCUAGAGACCUGUCUGGCAUGGGGACCAACGGGAGAGGAUCAGACCACAUCGGCCGGCCUCGCCGCAUGGGUGGAGAGAGCCAUGACGCAGGCUUGCGACGCGGCUGCUCCCAGAGCCCGACCCAAGAGCUGCAGGAGGACCACACACUGGUGGAACGAGGACCUGACUGAACAGCGCAGGCGCUGCGUGGCAGCAAGAAGACGGCUUACCAGAAUCAGGAGAGCGGCCAGCGGCCCCCACCAUGAUGCAGAGGCCGAGUACCGCGCCAGCAAACGGAGGCUGCGGGAUGGCAUCAAGGCUGCGAAGGCCAAAGCCUGGGAAGACCUCGUGGGUUCCGUGGAAGCGGACCCAUGGGGCCUACCAUACAAACUAGUGCUGGGCAGGCUUCGCACCGCCACGAGGGGGCUGACAGAAACUCUCGACAGCCAAACCCUGGGGAGACUCCUUACGGCGUUAUUCCCAAGAGGAGAGGGCAGCGCACCGAUAGGCCAGGAAGACCGGAGCUGGGAUGAGGGUUGGGCGGUCACGACCGAAGAAGUUCAGUCCGCGUUUAAGAAGGGGAGCGGGCGAAACACCGCCCCGGGACCAGACGGCGUCAGAGGAGCCGCGUGGGCGGGAGUCCCCGAGGGGAUGACCACCCUGAUUGCCAGGAUGUUUACGGCGUGCCUACGGGAGGGGCACGUCCCGCGAACUUGGAAGAGGGCCCGCCUAGUGCUCAUCCCCAAAGGAGGCACGUCCGGCGGACCUCUUCCUAAGGUCAGACCUAUAUGCCUUCUGGGCGAACUGGGGAAGGCGUUUGAAAGGGUACUGGUUUCCCGAUUGGGGGACUGGAUGGAGGAGAACCCCCGGGCACGGCUGUCAGACGACCAGUACGGUUUUCGGAAAGGACGGUCAACGAUCGACGCGCUCAUUAGAGUGCGGGAGUUCGUCGAGGGCGCCACAAGGAUGGGAGGCUGUGCGGUGGCUGUAUCUCUUGAUAUAGCCAACGCGUUCAACAGCCUCCCAUGGCCAGUCAUCACGAACGCGCUCGCGACAAAGGGAGUACCCGCGUAUAUACGGCAUGUUAUUAACAAUUAUCUUUGUCACAGGUACGUCGAGUACGUAACGGAGGGCGGGGGAGUGAGCAGCCUGGAGGUGACAGCUGGAGUUCCGCAGGGAUCUGUUUUAGGUCCCCUACUGUGGAUCAUGUCGUUCGACCAGGUCCUGCAGGUUGGAGCGGAGCCGGAUACCGCGGUAGUAUGUUACGCGGAUGACACCCUGGUCCUGAGUGCCGCGGCGGAUCCGGCUUCAGCGGUGGCGCUGGCCAACGUAAUGGUGGCGAGGGUGUGCCGAAGCAUAACGGGCCUUGGGCUGAGAAUUUCUGCCGAUAAGACGGAGGCGGUCCUCUUCGGCCGCGCUGGAAAGAGGAUGGUGGGACACACACCGGACGUGAGGGUGGGCUCGCAGAGGAUCCCACUGGCGGGAUCCAUGAAGUACCUUGGGGUCUGGCUGGACUCCGGGCUUACGUUCCGGGUGCACUUCGCGGCGAUGGAAGCAAAGGUCGGGGGCAUCACGAGGGCCCUAUCCCGACUAAUGCCGAACCUGAGAGGGCCGUCGGAGGCGAAGCGGCGACUAUAUGCAGGGACCCUGUUCGCGGUCAUCUUGUACGGGGCCCCGGUAUGGGGGGACGUGGCGGAAGGAUCCAGGCCCAUCCAACGAGCCAUGGGGAAACUCCAGCGGAAGAUCUGCACGAGAGUGGUCGCGGCAUACCGGACGGCGUCCAUGGUAUCCGUCACCCUGCUAGCCCGAACAACGCCGCUGCACUUGGUGGCUGGUGCCUACCGACGGGCAUAUGGCUGGAUGCGGGAGGCGCGAGCGAUUACGGGAGUCUACUCGGCUGAAGAAGCAAAGGCUGUAAGGGCGAGAGAGCUCCUCGUUGCCCGCGAAUGUUGGAGGAGGUCCCUGGAGGGUCCCGACCUCCCCAGUGGGAGGUUGAGAGCGGCGAUUGAAGGCAACUGGGAUGAGUGGCACGGCAGGGGACACGGAGGGCUGACCUUCCGGCUGACCCAGGUGCUGACGGGCCACGGCUGUUUCGCCGACUUCCUGCACAGGAUAGGAAGGGCGGAACGGCCGGACUGCCAGCACUGCGGGGGGGCCGCGGACACAGCGAGCCACACAGUGGAAACAUGCCCAGCGUGGGCGGAGGAUAGGGCGGCCCUGCGGGAGGCCAUUGAGGGGGACCUGACCCUGCCUGGAUUAGUACGAGCGAUGUCGAGCUCGGGAGAGGGAUGGGCGGCAGUGGCCCGCUUCGCGGAGCGGGUGAUCGCCGCGAAAGAGAUAGAGGAGAGAGCGCGGCAGCAGCAGGCCUCGCAGCGCGGGGGAAAUGAGACCCGGUAG